AUGGCCGGUUUAUCCUUUGACAACUACCAGAGAAAUCAGCAUCUCGCUCAGCGCUCCAAAACGGUGCCUCAAGCAACAUCUACAGGUACAACGAUCGUGGGGGUCAAAUUCAAUGGAGGUGUGCUAAUUGCUGCUGAUACCAGAUCUACACAGGGUCCAAUCGUGGCAAACAAGAACUGUGCGAAACUACAUCGUAUCUCACCAAAAAUUUGGUGUGCGGGGGCCGGUACAGCAGCGGAUACAGAGGCAGUUACAAGACUAAUCGGUUCUAAUCUGGAAUUGCAUUCACAAUACGUUUCUCGAGAGCCCAGGGUGGUGUCAGCAUUGCAGAUGCUGAAACAGCACUUAUUCAAAUACCAGGGUCAUGUCGGAGCGUAUCUUAUCGUUGCAGGAUCCGAUCCAACUGGCGCACAUUUGUUUUCCAUACACGCACACGGUUCCACAGACGUAGGAUUCUACCAAAGUUUAGGAUCUGGCUCGCUGGCUGCAAUGGCCGUCUUGGAAUCCCAAUGGAAGCAGGAUCUGACAAAGGAAGAAGCCAUGAAUUUAGCGUCGGAUGCUAUAGAGGCGGGUAUAUGGAAUGAUUUGGGUUCUGGUUCCAACGUGGACCUGUGCGUAAUGGAAGUUGGCAAAGAUGCAGAAUAUCUAAGAAACUUUAGAAAACCUAACGAAAGAGAAGCCAAACAGAGAAGUUACAAGUUUGCUCGCGGCACGACCGCGGUUCUAAGCGAAAAAGUACUUGACAUCUGCCAGGUAGAAGAGGAGGUGGUUGAUAUCGAGCUUGAGGCUUGA